AGAGAAUGAAGCUACAGCCUUCGGAGCUGCUGCUCUCUAGACUGCGGCAUGUGACGUUGAUUAGGGGAGAACACGGGACAAACAGCCGCUGCCCCGUUUCUGCUGCUCUAGACUGUAGCCGCUGACUGACUACUCUGCAGAUGAAAUGUUUUACUGCUGUUACCACCGACUUUCUACUUUCACCCACUGAUAGUAGUUGUGGCGUUUCACAAUGAUCUGUCAUAGACAGACGUAGAGAUGAAAUCUUCAACAGAGUGACUAAAACGAUUUCCAUGCACAACUGGUUUGCGGAGCAAACAUGGUGCACGUCUACAACUGUCAUCCGUUCAAGUCCCAGCAGAUCGUCCAGGUGGAGCAGGAACCUGGACUGGUCUGCUGUGGAGGCGGAGCCCUGUUCGUCGUGGCUACUGGAGGAUGCAAGGUGGAGGUAUACAAUCUGGAGAAGGAGGGCUGCCCCCUGUUCUGUCGCUUCGCCACCAUGGGCACAGUAAAGAGCAUUCAACACAGUAAAAUAGGAGACUACCUGGUUACUAUAGAGGAAAAGAACAACGCCACUUACCUGAGAGCUUACACCAACUGGCGCUACCAGGCGGAGGAGAAGGGUCGGGUUGGGGUGCGCUUGUUGGGCCACCUGCUGGGUGGAGCGUCGGUGUGGGGCGGAGUGCAGAUGGAGAUCAUUGAGAUCCCAAUGUCAGAGCGUCCCAUUGCUGUUUCGUGUUGCCCCGUCACCGGGGAUCUUUUAGUCGGCUGUGAGAAGACUGUGGUUCUCUUUACCCUGAGCAGACAGAACCAGCAGAACUUGCAGAAUCAGAGUCAGCAGAGCGUUCAGAACUCCUUGCCAAACUCUCAACAGAGCUGCAAUCCGAGCCAAGGACCAACCUCUGUAUCACAUCCGAAUCUUUCCAUUUUGGACUUUGAGCGUUCAGUCAUCCUGCAUCUUCCAAAAAUGUCUCUUAAACAGGUGGCGUUGUGUGGAGGAUAUGUCGCAGUGAACGCUGAGCUGGAGGUUUUGGUGCUAAAACUGGAGGCAGCAUCUGACCCUGCAGCUGCAGAAGAACCCCUGGAAACCAGUAAAAGUGCAGCAGAACCUCCACAAGAUCAGGAUGACUUCCUGCUCAUUCCAAGACACCAGGAGCUGCUCGAAAGCAAAGCGAAAGACUGCGACAUCCUUGUUACCAUGGAAAAAACUGGGCUGGAGGACCAAGCGCAGUAUCAGUUCUCCUACAUUCUUUUCCGGCGCUUUUCUCCCGAGUUCUUCCAAGGCUGCAGAGUCGAGGAGAUGCAGAUCCACUCGCUGCAGCUUUAUCCACUGUUCACAAGUAAUUCCCUAGAGGACCCAACAUGUGUGUUCUGCUUCUUCUCUCUUCCCACUGCCGGCUACCUGUACAGCCUAAAGGGUGGAGUGGAGCUGCUGUCAGCCUACCAGUAUCCAGAAAAGGUCCUUCAGGCGGUGAUGUCUGAUCACCUGUUGCAUGUCAUUACUAAAAAUGCCCUGCAGUGUUUUACGGUGCGAUGCUCAGCUGUGGCCGCCAGAAUGGAAGACCCUUACAUUGACACCACCAUGAAGGCUUGUCCACCCAGCACCUUGGAGGUGUGUGCACUCAGAAUCCAGUUAUUCAUCGGUCUGCGGUCGGUUUGCGUCUAUAAUCAACGUGUCAUCCUGCUCUCUGCUGCGGACACUGAAACACAACAGGAGCCUGAGCGCAGGUGCCUCAAGUUGAAAGAGAACAGCGUGCUGACAGGUAUUUUCUUGGCGGUGGGAAUUGAUCCCGCAACCACGCCAGCUUUGGAGAACCUUCUGUCACGUCCUUUUUUAAGCAGGAAGUGGACAAUCUCCUCGCCGAAGGAAACCAGCACAGUUGGACAUGGGUGGAACCUUUACGUGGUCGACACCGUCCAUCCCUUCACACUCUACCAGGAGAUGGUUGAAUACAGCUGUCGCUACGUGCAGACCACCCCACAAUCCCACAGUCUUCGUCACCUCCUCAGUGAAGCUCACCUCUUGCUGCGAGCCUGUUUGCUGCAAACACCAGAGCAGAAGCAGAGUGGCCAGGGCGACCCUGCAGUGUCCUCGAAACCAGGCUCCAAUGGCGCGGUUGAUAAAAAUUCAGCCACACAGGCAAACAGACAAGAACUAGAGGAGGCGCUCAGGCAGAACUCUGCACAGCUGGGAGACUGUUUCAGCAGGGCGAGUCAGAAGGACUGCCACUUAGCCCUGCCGUACUACAAGAUGUCCGGUUUGACCGUCGCCGAGGUCAUCUCCAGAAACCGUCCUCCUCCAGAGGGCCCUUCCUCUUAUGGCCUGGGCUUCCUAUUUUACCUUAAACUUCACCUUUUAGAGGAGACGGAGCAGCAUCUCACUCAGGAAGAAGCAGAUGAAAUCAUUUACAUCUUCAGCCAAUCAGAGCCCUUCUUGCUGGUCAGCGUGUGUGCCAGCCCCUGCAUGAUAAACUGCAGUGCAACUCGGACGCUCCAGAUCUUGCAGCGUCUGGAAGACACGGCUGGCGUGUCGGUCCCACUCACGAUUAUCAUGGCAGCCAUGGCGCUGCGUCUGGGCAAACAGCAGGAUUACACAGAGCUGAUGGAGCGGCACGCUGAGAUGCAGCUGGUGUAUGGGUUCAUAGAAGAGCCGAGGCUGUUGCUGCACGGAGGAGGAGGAGGAGGAGGAGGAGGAGGAGGAGGCCAGCACUCCCAGGUCCAUCCCACUUCAUUGGCUCGGCAGCUGGCAAACACCCAACCUGGACUGUUGGUGGCUGCUAUGGUGGCUUUACAUGAGAACUGCAAAGUUCAGCUGGAACAGGCCGAUUUUGUAUUCAAAGAGCUGGGCUGUGAGAACACUUUACUGGUGGAUUUCUGGGAGGCGAUGCUCAUGGCAUCGUCACAGGAUGCAGUCAUUCAGGAACUUCUGUUCAGGGUGGCGUCAGUUUACAUUGACCGACUGACAAACUCAAUCAAUGGAAGUGGAGCGCCGAAGUACAAGUCACUAAAGGGGGCCGACGAUUUGAUCACCUCCUGCUCUCAUUAUGGUGCUCUGUACCCGUGGCUCACUGUUCUAAAUCCCACUCACAGCACCACGUCUGAACACCAGGAGGCGCUGCAUAAACUGCAGUCUCUGCUGUGCGGUCCUUCCCUCUCUGUGGGCUCCAUCGUGCCUCUAUUGGAGCGUCUCUCAGGAGAAACCUUGUGGGGCUUCAGCCUGCACCUCCUCUGUGCCACCAGAAGGGGGCAGUAUGAAAGCAGCAUUGAGCAGUUGUUGGACAGGUGUCCUCAGGCCAUCAUAGCCUACGCCAACCACCAGUUACAGGACAAAUAUAUGACACUAUGGUGGCAGAAGCUGCUUCCUGAGCUUUGCAAGCGAACGAGAGCAGCGGCAGAUAACGGCAUUCUGCUGGGGGCUCUCAAAGAGACACUGGUGGUGGUUGCCAUGGAGACGAGUCCUGCUGAGUUUUUGGAGCUAAUUCCCGACGAUGGUACUGCGUCCUACUUUCUCCCUCACCUGUUGACGUGCAGCCAAAGACAUUUGAUGGCCUGACAAACUCGCCAAAGAUGCGGGCGGUGGAAUCUGCAAAGGCUGAAAGAAUCUCUAUCUGCAUCUGAACCUCACUUGAUCUCAGACAACCUUUGAAGUAUAUAGUAAUUACAUUAAAAGAAAAAGUAUUUGCAGUAUGGAAAAGAGUGUAUUUGCAUAUAGUCAUGUAUGCAUGAUGGCUUUUCUUAUACUUGUUUGUAGUUGACAGCUAUCUUCUACGAUUUAUUUUACAUAUUUUAAGUUAUUGUGCAUAGAUUCACAUCUCUGCAUAGUUUGACGUUGUUUAACUUUUUGGUAGUUAAAUGCUGAGAAUUGCUUAAAAGCUGAUUAGAUCAACAUCUCAGUUGUCAUAAAAACUUUUUCACAAUCAUUUUUCCAUCUUUUCUCUUUUGUCACUUGACUACAACAAUAUUUAAGUUUUCCUCUUAAAUGAGAACGUGCACAAAGUUCUAAUGGUAAUUCACAAUCCCACAUUCCCUCUGCUUUGGAAUUAAAGUCGCACACAAUACCA